GGGCACACAGUGACAUCUCGCGGGGAUCACACCAGGAGCCACAAACUUGUGCAUUUUCAUCUACUACCCUUCUUCAGACCCCAGUGACAUUUGGAGAAUGAACAAACAUUCUGGCUGCCUCCUUGAGUUAGACAGACUGAAGACACAGUUACCUGCCCCAGGGUUCCAUCAGAGGCCUCAUGUCCACCCCUGUCUCCAGGCAGACUUUCUGAAAGGCUUGCCCGUCUACAACAAGAGCAACUUCAGCAGGUUCCACUCGGACUCCGUGUGCAAGGCCUCGAACCGCCGUCCCUCAGUGUACCUGCCGACCCGAGAGUACCCGUCAGAACAGAUCAUUGUGACAGAAAAGACAAACAUCCUCCUGCGGUACCUGCACCAGCAAUGGGACAAAAAGAAUGCCGCCAAGAAGAGAGACCAAGAGCAGGUGGAGGCAGAGGGUGAGAGCUCAGCGCCACCCCGCAAGGUGGCCCGGACUGACAGCCCUGACAUGCCCGAGGACACCUAGGCCCCGCGCACGCGGUGCCCGCGUCUGUCUGCUCUGUCCGCUCCCACCCGGCUCGCGUGUGUAAGCGCAGCCCACCUCCUACACCCAGCCCGCCCUCCAACCUCAUAGGACCCAUGUAUUUAUUUUCCUUGAGUUUUUAUUUAUGCUGUAACUCGUGUCAAGCAUUGGUUAAAGGGACAUCAGGCCCAGCCGUGAGGUGUUGGUAGACGCUUUUUUAAAGCGCAGUGGUGUCCCCCACCCGGCCACCCGCCAGCAAGACGACACCAGGGUCCAGAGCCCAGGGCAGCCUGGUCUCCCAACACACCGAGCGGCCUUUUCGCUCUUCCCACCCACAGGCCGGCUGGAUCUCAGUGCCCCGGUCUUCCGGGGUCACACCUGUGCCCAGGCCUCACUCUGAGCCCACGCCAGGGCAGGAGAGAGCCGGCCCUUCUGGAUCUUUCUCUUAAGUCAUUUUAUCAUGGACUAGCCCGUGCUCCGCAUCCACCCCAAUAAAAGGAUCUUUCCUACUCCUACUCCACCUGGCGUCUUUGGUCCACACACCUUGGCUGGAGCCAUUAGUACCAGGGUGGCUGGCGUGGAACUGCCACACCUCCCUGCCCAGGGGUCCUUGGGGUCCUGUCCCACUAGGACACAAAGCCCGGGACAGUGCCACAGGGCUGACAGCCACCCAUCGCUGGGCCUCAUGCCAGGCACCCACUGGCCAGGCUGGUUGCAGUGUCCUUACGCCAGGCAACACUGCCCUGGAGUAGGGGGAAGCGCCCUGAACUUGAGUGGCUGUGCACCCUCAGCCGUGGCAUGCAUGCCACGCUGCAGGUAUGGGGUUCUGGGGUCCCUGUAGGCGCACGAAGGCUGCAGGCUGCACCCUGCUGUGGUCAACUCCUAAAGGCACCAUGUUCCCCAGGAGCUGCCACUUGACUGUGACCCUACCAAUCCUGGCCUGUUCUGACCCCAGUCCCACCUCAGCCUCACAGUGACGGGCACCAUAGCCAUGCCCUGCUAACCCAUGUGUGCCCCGGCUUGAGCACCCUGCAGCACCCUUUCUCCUCCUGUGCCCUGCCUCGGGUGGCGUCCGCUUUCGUACAUGCCCUGGAGUAAUUCUUGACUGCCUUCCCACCACUGCCUUUGGCUGUGCCACCGCUGUGCAGCCUCGGGAGCGCCACCUAGGGCUCCCAGGUCCCUGCGGGCUGGCCAGGGUGACCUCUGGCCCAGGGCACAGCGGACUACUCUUGGUGCCGACCCUGUGUCCCACCUGAACCCUAGGCCUCCUAGAGGCCUCGUCCUGAGAGAGCCGGGGUGCUGGCUCAGCUUCCAGCUAGCUACGGGUUCCCCGAGGUCCCUCCACCGCUAUGACCUCCAGCACUGUUGAAAUAGACUUUUUAUUGCAUUUCUGCCGUUUUACAAAAAUAUGACAAAAUAAAUUAAAAAGAAAUAAAUAAC